UGCGUGCGGGAGCGCGGCGGAGUCGCCACGCGGUGCAAAGAUGAUCAUCCCAGUUAGGUGUUUCACCUGUGGCAAGAUAGUUGGAAACAAGUGGGAAGCCUACCUUGGCCUUCUGCAAGCAGAGUACACAGAAGGGGAUGCCCUGGAUGCCCUUGGGCUGAAGAGGUACUGCUGCCGUAGAAUGCUCCUGGCCCACGUGGACCUGAUUGAGAAGCUCCUGAAUUAUGCACCCUUGGAGAAGUGAGAGCAGGAAAAGCACCCAGCUGCCAGCCACGUGGAACAGCUCCCAUUCUGAACUGGGAGCUGAGCUUGAGGCAGGGAAGGAUGGAAGCCACCUGUGGUGCAACCACUGGGAGAUGUUUACCUCGUGGAGGAAACACCACCCCGAGCCACUAGGACUUCUUUGGAGGGAUAAAGUCCAUUUCAGCAGCGUUUGGAGAUGAGAAGUUUGGAUGCUGCUUUUAAAACCUGUCUUCAGAGUUGCACUGUGACCUUUUCCAUCCUUCUGCCUCCUCGGUGGAGGAAAGUUAGGAUAUUUCAUGACAGUGUUGAAAUAAAGGAG